AAUUGGACUUGGCCUCCCCACGCCCCCUAGGCCCCUAAUCCUUGCAUCCGCAUUUCUUCCCCGUGGUUCGUUGCCAUCGUCAAUGGGGGCGACGGAGCUAGCCGUCCAAGCCCUAACCCUAGCUUUCGCUCUCAUUAUCUUCCUCUACCUUCGCUCAAUACCCCGUCAAGCUCUCUCCCGACUGCGCCACCUCCGCCACUCCACCACCGAAUCCCACCGCCACUUCGUCCGCGGCGCUCAGCUCCUCUCCCGCGCUCGUGCCAACUCUUCCCCGUACACGUCCCUCGCCUUAGCUCGCUCAGCCGUUGCCGAAGCAGACCUUGCCAUCGCGGCCGAUCCCCGCGACGCCGCCCCUCUCAUCCUCAAAGCUCUUGCCCUCGAUUUUGACGGGCACCGCCUUCCUGCCCUUCGUGCCCUCGAUGCUGCACUCUCUGCCCCUACAAGUAAGUCCCUUUCGGAUCGCGACCGCGCUGAUGCACUCCUAAAGCGUGCGGAGAUUCAACUAGCGCUUGUGGGUGGUAGAGGUGGACAGCUUAAGAGGAGGGUUGAUCUGGCAAUUGGUGAUCUGGAGGAUGUUUUGCGGUUUUGUCCGGAGAAUGGAAAGGCCAAGGUUUUGCUUGGGGAGUGCUAUGAGAAGAAAGGGUUGAAGGUGGAAGCAAAGGGGGUGUUUGUGGAUGCACUGAAGGUUGAUGGAUCUUUGAUUUCGGCACAGGAGGGGUUGGGGAGGGUGUUGAAUAGCUGAAAGUGGGCGUCUUAUUGUUAAUACCUCCGCUACAAGAGUUACAAGAAUGUAGGGCUUAGUUUUUCAUGCUCGGGGAAGAUGCAUACGAAGAGAGACAAAGAGAGAGGAGAGGAUAAUUUUUUUGUGUCGAGAUCAAAAUGCCUGAAUAGUCUUACAAUCACGUCUGGAUCAUGAUUAUUACUAAACUUUCCUCUGCCUAUGUAUGUUUAUUAUAAUAAUGUCAGGUCAGGCAUCAACUAGAGCAAGAAUAGCCUAGGAGACAUGUUUACAUUAUAAUAUUAUCUAUCUUUAAUUAUAAACUUUUGUCUAUGUA